AUGCUAUCGUUUUUCCAUCUCUUCCCUGAGCUUCUCUUGUUGGCUCUUGUUUCAGGAGUUGCGUACUAUGUAGCAACAGCUAUUUACAUUCUCUAUUUUCACCCACUAUCGAGGUUCCCUGGCCCUAAGCUCUGGCUGAUCACCCGUAUUCCCAACGCUCGUUCUCUUGCAAAUGGCCAAUUGAUGCAUCGCAUCCGACAGUUCCAUGAACUGUACGGUCCCGUGGUCCGUUGGGCCCCAAACGAGCUAUCUUUCAUUGAUGGGCAGGCUUGGAAAGACAUUUACGGUCACCACCCCGCUGGACGUGACUUCCCCCGGAAUCCUCUUUAUUAUAACCGAGCAAUCAACGGCGCUCACACAAUCCUCUCCGCCGAUAAUGUUACUCAUACGCGAAUUCGAAAGUUGAUCUCCCGCGGCUUCUCCGAGAAAGCUCUGCAGGAACAGGAGAGCUUUAUAAAGACGUACACGCGACUGUUAAUCGAAAAGCUUCAGGUCCAUGCCCAAGCGGGCCGCUCAGUCGAUAUUGGUGAGUACAUUCAGUUCGCCACGGUGGAUAUCGCGGGCGAUCUGAUAUUCGGCGAAUCGUUUGACUGCCUGGCGCGCGAGGAGGCCCACCAGUGGGUAAAACGUAUCCGCCAAGCGAGCCGACAGCGGUUUGCUUUCUCGAGUGCAAAAACGGGGAAGCGUCUAGCGCUGGGUGAGGCCCCGCACCGCUCAGACCUUAUCACAUACAUCUGUCGGUAUAAUGAUGAUAAGGGCAUGAGCCGGGAAGAGAUUGAUGCGACAGCGGAUAUCUUGAUUAGUGCUGGCAGUGAAACGACUGCCACCGCGCUCACGGGAACACUGCAGUAUCUUUUACGCAAUCCCGAGAAGAUGAAAAAGCUCCAAGACGAGAUUCGUCAGUCUCUACGAACUGUGGAAGCGUCCCUGAGCAUUCACCAUACUGCCAAACUGCCCUAUCUAAAUGCCGUCCUCUUGGAAGGACUUCGAAUGUGUCCGCCAGCACCGUCAAACCGCCCUCGUCUGGUACCGGAGGGCGGAGCGCCAGGUCUGUGGGAACUGGGUACCUGCCCAGUAGGCAUUCCUGUCUGGGCCGCAUUUCGCUCCGCUCAGAAUUUUGCCCAGCCCGACUCGUUCAUUCCAGAGCGAUGGAUGGAGCCAGAGGAGGGCGGAAUCUCUCUAUACCCACAUGAUACGACUGUAUUUCAGCCAUUUUCCUAUGGUCCGCGAAAUUGCAUCGGCCAACGACUGGGAUGGGCUGAAUUGCGCGUGAUCAUGGCGAGCCUGAUGUGGCAAUUUGAUAUGUAA